AUGCAUGAACCAUAUUUUCAACAACGAAGAGAUGCAGCCGGUAGACUGGGGUUAUCUUCUCUUCAAAAGAUAACUGCAGCAUUGAGGAUUCUUGCUUCCGGAGUUGCUGCAGAUUUCAUGGACGAAUAUGUAAGAAUUUCAGAAAGUACUACUAUUGAGAGUGUGAAAUAUUUUGCAAAAGCAGUUAUUUCUGUCUUUGGUCCUGAGUAUUUGAGGUCUCCCAACAGAAACGAUAUUGAACUACUACUAGCAUUAAACAAAACUCGUGGAUUUCCUGGGAUGCUAGGAAGUAUAGAUUGUAUGUAUUGGAAGUGGAAGAAUUGUCCGACUGCUUGGAAAGGUAUGUACACUGGACAUUGUCAUGAACCAACAAUUAUUUUAGAAGCCGUUGCAUCAUAUGAUCUAUGGAUAUGGCAUGCAUUUUUUGGACUACCAGGGUCCCAUAACAACAUCAAUGUGUUAGAACGAUCCCAUGUUUUUUCUGAACUAACUCAAGGGCGUGCCCCUAUAGUUAAUUAUUCAAUCAAUGGUCAUAACUAUACAAUGGGAUACUACCUAGCUGAUGGUAUAUAUCCUUCCUGGGCUACGUUCUUGAAAUCGAUCCCGCUACCACAAACUAUGAAGACCAAACAUUUUGCAAGGUGUCAAGAAGGUGUCAGAAAAGAUGUGGAACGUACAUUUGGAGUGCUACAAUCUCGAUUCGCAAUUGUACGUGGACCUGCUCGUUACUUUGAGACAGAAACACUUAAAGAGAUUAUGCUUGCAUGUGUCAUAUUGCACAACAUGAUCGUUGAAGACGAGCGACAUCUACACCUUCAACCAAAUAUGUCCUUCAUAUAUGAUCAAAUCGAUGAAAGUCCUCCACCAAUAGAAGUGCCAGAAGACCAUGCAUAUGAACUUCAGGAUUUCAUAGAUCAACAUUUUCAAAUCAGAGAUAGACAAGUUUAUUCUCAGCUCCAAAGUGAUCUUAUCGAGCAUUUAUGGAAUAUUUAUAGUGAAUCGUAG